UAAACGACUGUUGUCAAGCAGACGCUGCGUGUCGCUCUCAGUCCGACAGGUGGCGCGAGCGCAUCACAUGUCAUAGAAGACUGAACGUGAAGAAAAGGCAGCUAAAAACAACAAUGUCCGUCAUGAUGGUGCAGGUGGAUGUGAUGUGCUGUAAAUCAGUAGGAACUGAUCUGUCUAUGCUGGAUAUUGAUGAUUUGAUGACAGAAAUCUGUCAGCUGAAGAAAGAGGUGAAGUUACUGGAGACAAAACUCAGAGAGAGAGACCAACUCAACAGAAAGGAUGUAUGUGGUGUUUCUCUCUGUGAUCAAACAUCUCCAGAUCUUCUGCUUUCUGUCUGUAAUGAAGAGCAGAAGACAUCAGUGAAGCUGCUGGACUGUGAGAUGGAGCUGAAAACACAAAUCAAAGAAGAACAGACAGAUGAAGAUGAUGUGUUUUAUUCUGACCUGAUGGAGGUGAAGGAGGAGAAAUCAGAACCAAACGAAAUGGAGAAACCUCAUUUCAAAAAUGAAGAAGAAUCUCUGAGCUGCUUAAACAGUGAGCAUUUCUCACCCCAAAAAUCUCAAAGUGCAACAGCCAAAUAUUCUUGUACAUGGCCUCAGUGUGGAAAGAUCUUUACUUAUUACUACAACCUUGAAAAGCACCUCACAGUUCACUCUAGAGAGCGGUCUUGCAUAUGUUAUCAGUGUGGAAAGACAUUCCGUCGUGAAUACCACCUUAAGAGGCACAUGAGAAUUCACACUGGAGAAAGGCCUUAUAAAUGUGAGCAGUGUGGAAAAAACUUCAUUCGUAAAGAAGACCUUAAUUCGCACAUGAGAGUUCACACCGGAGAAAAGCCUUACAAAUGUCAUCAGUGUGGAAAGAUUUUUUUUUAUAUCUAUGACCUUGAAAUGCACAUUACAAUUCACUCUACAGAACGUUCUUACAAAUGUUAUCAGUGUGGAAAGACAUUCCGUCGUGAAUACCACCUUAAGAGGCACAUUAAAAUUCACACUGGAGAAAAGCCUUAUAAAUGUGAGCAGUGUGGAAAAAACUUCAUUCGUAAAGAAGACCUGACUUCGCACAUGAGAGUUCACACCGGAGAAAAGCCUUACAGUUGUGAGCAAUGUGGAAAGAGUUUUGCAUGGACAGUGAAUCUGAAAGAGCAUCUUCUCCAACAUUCUGGAGUAAAAUUUCAGUGUGAACAGUGCAAUAAAACAUUCAUUUCAGCAAAUAACCUGAGACGACACAUGAAGCUUCAUGUCUGGGAUGGCUGAUCUAGUAAUUUAACAAAUCUAAUUUUGAAUUUUGAAUUUAUGUUAUUUCAGCAAUGUUUAUAUUUUGUAGUAUAUAUAUAUAGUCUGAAGAAAAAGGCGUUUGUACAGUUUUGGGAUCGUAUAUUGUUAAAGUGUCUGUGUGAUGAUGGCCAACGCAUUCUGAGUAGAUACAGUUCAUCUGAUUCACAGUCUGCAGUCAAAACAACUGUUAUUACACAAUGAGCAACUCAAAGUUUUUCAGGUUAGUGAAGGUACAUUUUUGAAUAUUUAAGUCACCAUGAAACGAAAGUUGCGAUUGACUUCUUUUCCGCAAUCGUGACAUUUAUCCGAGUGAAACGCUUUAUUUAGCCUUUCCCUUUUUGAUUGGUUUGUUGUAAGUUGGGCCUGGAGGGGAGGGCUAAAAAUGCCUGGCCAUUAGACGGUCAGUAUAGUUUUACCUCUUUUUUGUUGCUGAUGUCAUGUGGUGAAGAGUUGUUGUUCAGAGGGGGAGAGGAGCUUAAUGUUUUAUUUGAUUUGAUUAAAGAUUACAAGUGCAAAUGAAUUUUGAAAAAAUAAUGGUGUGCACGGAUAAAUCAUUUAUUAUAAUCACUGCAACACUGUGUAAAACACUUAGAAUUUUCCUGUUUGAUUUCAUGGUGACUUAAAGAGUUGUCAUUCUGAAUCAAGUCAACUGGGUUUUCAUAAGCAGAGCUGUUUUAACUUUAUAGUGAAAAAAGUGAAAAUAUGUCAUUAAUAAAUAAUAAAAUUAACUGAA